CUCCUGCGCGUCGUGUCUUGGGUCUUCUCCAUCGUGGUGUUCGGCUCCAUCGUGAACGAGGGCUACCUCAACAGCGUCUCCAAGGGCGAGGAGUUCUGCAUCUACAAUCGCAACCCCAGUGCCUGCAGCUACGGGGUGACAGUGGGAGUGCUGGCCUUCCUCACCUGCGUGCUCUACCUGGCCCUGGACGUGUACUUCCCCCAGAUCAGCAGCGUCAAGGAUCGCAAGAAGGCUGUCCUGUCUGACAUCGGUGUCUCGGCCUUCUGGGCCUUCCUCUGGUUUGUGGGCUUCUGCUACCUGGCCAACCAGUGGCAGGUCUCCAAGCCCGAGGACAACCCUCUGAACGAAAGGACAGACGCUGCCCGGGCGGCCAUCGCCUUCUCCUUCUUCUCCAUCUUCACCUGGGCGGGCCAGGCCAUGCUGGCCUUCCAGCGGUACCAGAUUGGCGCCGACUCGGCCCUCUUCUCCCAGGACUACACGGACCCCAGCCAGGACUCGGGCGUGCCUUACGCCCCCUACGUGGAGCCCAGCGCCGGGCCGGACCCCGCCGGCAUGGGUGGCACCUACCAGCAGCCUGCCAGCGUCUUCGACUCAGAGCCCCAAGGCUACCAGUCGCAGGGCUACUGAGCCACAGUGACCGCCUGCCCUGACCCCCACACCCGUGUUCGUCCCUCUAUGCCCAGCCCCCUGCUCCCUCCCAGGCCCCCCUGCCCAGUGCCAUGUCAGCCUCAGCUGUGCCACCUAGUCCCAGGUGGGGCAGGGGCAGCAAGGCAGAGAGGCCUGUCUGUGUGUGUAUGCACCUGUGUGUGAAGGGGUCUGCCCAGCUGGGGCCUUGGGGGCGGCAAGGGGUACUGGUGUGCUCGUUCAUGGCACCACUGUGCAUUCCUGAGCACCUCCUGUGUGUCCGGCCCAGGUGGGGAAGGAGACACAAGUGACCCAGAGCAGGAAGGAGAGAGGAGGAGAGGGCACGGAUGGCCCCUGAGAUCAGAACAGAAUGCCGGGAAGGUUUGGUUCGGCUUGGCCUUGGGGUGAGUGCAAACCCCACAGGGCACAGGGGGCUGUCACCUGCAGAGCCCUCUGGAUUCUCACAAGAUCCUGAGGAGAGCUGGGGGGGCUUCUCCACUCUGUGAUAGGUCGGAAACGUUGGCUUGGGGAGGCCAGGGUCACUCGGGCAGCCAGUGGGAUUGUGGAGCUGAGCCCAGGGCGCCAGUCUCCUCCGACCACUCAGCUGGGGCGGCUCCUCUUGGGAGCUCCAUAAGAUACUGACUCCAUGACAAGCAAGGCCCCACAGACCCCCCCCAGCAGCCCCUCUUGCCCUUGGCCUCCCUCCUGAGGUGGUGAGCUGAGAGGCCCCCCCACCCGUCUGCCUGUUUCCCUGUGGGUCGCUCUUUGUCCUCCUAUCCCAUGAAAGCCGGGUCCUGGGAGCUCAGGUCCCACCCCUCCCACCCACCCCAUGGUGGCCUUGGAAAAAGAGCAGUGUCUCCUUGUCCAGGCUGGGCACGAGGAGUGCUAACCUGGGGGCUAUGGGGCUGAGGAAGCUCAGGAGGAGGGGCUGAACUGGUGUCCCCCACAGGUGCCUAACUCCUGCCCUGAUGGCCUUCCCGGUGGCCCCCUGAUCUGGGGUCAGCCAGGAUGUGGGGGGCGGGGUGGCCAAGGACAGUGAGGCCCUUCCUUGCUCCCAGAGGCCCCUGGGGCUGGCUUGAGCAUCUGCAUCCCAUGUGCCAGCCGGGAUGACGUGGGCAGGGAGUCCCUGAGCAUCCGAGGCUCGGCGGGGUCAUGGCUAUGGGGGGAAGGAAGCGGGGGUCCCCAAAGGCACAAAGAGGACAGGAGGUUUCGGGUGGCAGCGCGAGGGCUUCUUGCUCAGGUGGUCUCUGCGUUCAGCCUGGAGGAAUGGGGAGACCCAGACUGGGGAAGGUGUGAGAGAGCCGAGGGCCUGUCCCGUCCAUCCAGGGUCCGGAAGCCCUUGGGGCUGUGAGCGAGCCCCUGGGGAGACCCCAGGGUUUUCUCCAUCCUCUUCUCUCCCAAGAACCCUGAGAGGCAGGGCCUAGCCACGCCCCUGCUCAUCUCAGCAGCCAGGCAGUGUGCGCUGGGCGCCUGGACUGCGGGUGGGCAUGGUCCCUGCCCUCAAGGGUCACCGAGCAGCUGCCCAGAGUCCACUGCAGGUGACAGAAAGCAUGGCUGGGAGGGCACAGCAGUGCAGGCAAGGGAUUUGGGAAGCCUCUUACGGGAGCGGGGAGCUGGUGAAGUGAGGGAGCUGGGGAGUGUGUGUCUGAACUCAGUUCGGUUCCGGGCCCAAAGGCAGCAGGGCCUCCCAACAGCCCAGGGGCAGCGCGUCGUGGGUGACCACCCUGUUAUGUCUGGGGAAGGGACUCUGUUCCCCAGGUGACCAGGGGGCCGCCGGCUUUAGUAGUGACCUCUGAACCAGAUCCCUUUGGGAAGCCAGUGCUGUUUGGGUGGGCAUGGCCCAUCUCUGGCAGGGAGGCUCUGUGUUCCCCUCUUGCUCACACUCCACUCCCCUUUCCCAUGGGCAGGAGGAGCCUCCAGGGUGCUGCUCACCCGCUGCCCCUGGGCACCAGCUAGCUGUGUACAGAUCAGGUCCCCUGCAGGCUCCCCUGGCUGCUCCCCUGUCAUGGGGCCGUAGGGCAGGGUGCCCAUUAGAUUCAUCCAGUCCCUGCGUGUUUAUUACAGGCCCUCUUGCACCCCAACGCCAAGACUAGAAAAGGCUACAAGACCCCCUGCCUCCUUACCAGGAGUGAGGGAAGUACCAACAGAUCACCACCUAGAUACACCUCCCUAUACCUGGCUCCCAACCUGGCUAGCCACUGGCAGGGACCAGUCAUGUGGAGACGGACAAGGUUUGGAUGGGUCCCAGCGCACCUGACUGGUCUUCUGGAAGGUUAAUUGAGGACAUGUCCUUGGAGCCUCAUGCUCAGAGCCUGUAGCCUGUCUCUUCGCCCUUCCCGCUGCCCUCUCUGCCUCUUCCCUGCUCCCAAGUCUUUCCUGGAAGAAAGGCCCACUGCAGCCUCACCCUGCAGAGUCUGGGUCCCAUCCCCACCAAGCACAAGAGGAGGCAUGGGACACCUGGGUACCACCCAAGGGCCCUUAACGAUGGUGGAGGCUGGGUAGGGUGGGCAGAGAUUGGCCCAAGGUCACUGUACAGAGCUGGGGGCUCAGGAGGCAAGUCUCCUUCAAUCCUAGACCUCCUUGCCUGGGUACCCCUGCCCAGCUCUGGGUGGGGUGUUGCCAUUGAAAGGCCCCUUCCCAGAAGCCAGUAUCAGGUCCCCAUUCCAUUUCCCCUGGUGAUUCUGGCCCUCCUAAGACUCUUGAGGGGCCUGGACUUCCCCCAUGUAACGAAACCCUUCCACUUGUCACCCCUCGGGGACCCUCCUAACCUAGCCCAAGACCCCUUCGAUUCUCCCAGGAGCAUUUAGGGGUACAUGCCUCCCAAGAGUUUGUGGGAGGAUGGACUGGCCAGGCCAUCUCCCAGCGCUGCCCCUGAGCUGACAUCCCCACCCCCAGGUGCCCAUGUCCCUUGCCUGGGUACUCACUCCGGCCACCCCCACCCCCUGCAGCGUUACUGCCUGUGUAUAGUAUAAAUAUAUAUAUUUUCUAUAUAUAAGAUGUAUAAUAUAAGGCUCCACAAAUAUAUCUGUGUGUGUGCAGUGAAGGGCGCCUCCUCCCGGGCACCCCCCACUCUAGACUCCGCCACCUUGUGCUGUCUCCAGAGUGAAUCCAGUGGCAGUGGCCCCCGUGUGUGUGACACUCGUCCAUUUGUGGUGAGCCAAGUGAAGGUGGUGACUUCUGGUGACAUAAUAAAGUGAAGAUUCCAUUG